AUGAGUGUUGAAGUGGUGGUCAAGCUUCAUGGAGUAGAAUACCAAAGCUCUGUCCCCUCUGGCACAGGAUCAAGCACUCUUGGUCUAGGCCCACUUAAGUCCUUUGCACCUCAAAGGUCUUCAUGCAUUCUUCGAGAUUUGGAUAUCAAAACAUCAGGGACUGGCUGCGUGAAGAUUCAGAAAAUAGAAUGUGAUAACUGCAAAAUAGAAACGGAGAAGGGGACUAGUGUCUUGCAGUCAAUAAAGAGCCAUAAAAUUGAUAUACGGACAAACGGUGGCAAAGUAAUUGGUCUUGGAACACUUUAUGGAAAUACAGAUAUUCGUGCAACAGAGAAGGGUAGUGUGAAUAUAGAGAAGCUGCAGGGGACAUCCAUCAACAUAUCUACUGAAGAUGGGCUGCUGAAAACUAAGUAUCUCUAUGCAGAAUCAUCAUCUCUGUCUUCAGUAGCUGGUGAUAUUCUGCUGGGAAGUAUUCAUGGUAACACCAGCCUUCAGACCAAAACAGGGAGUAUCACAGUAGAUUCAUCAGAUGGAAGUCUAAAAGCUUCUACACAUCAUGGGGCAAUAGACGUUUAUGUCAGUCAAUUAAGAAAAGUGGAUCUGCAAUCCCAGAAAGGUUCUAUUACAGUCAAGGUACCUGCCUCUCUCAAAGCCUAUUUACAGUUGUCUGGAAGAAAAGUGGAUGUGAGCUCAGAGAUCCAGUUAAAAGAAACACAGAGUGCCUCCAAAGAUGAUCACGUAACUAUAAGUGGUCACAUGAAUCAAAGAAAUGAAACAGACAAAUGGAUUAAGGCUGACACACAAAAUGGCAAAGUGUGUCUUAAAAGCCAAAGCUGGAUCCAGUCUGUCAAGCUGAAGAGUUCUUAAAGGUGAAAUAGGCCAAAGAGAUUAAAUCAAGAAAUUGUAAAGGAACAUUUCUGUAAAAUUACGAAACUUUGUUGAUGUAUAUUCUUAAUGUAAGAGAGUAACAAUAUUAAAAAUGAGGGCAUUUUAACCCAAGAUUUGCCCAUGACAGUGGCUGGUGCUUAACAGGUCUGGUUUACUUUUAGUGCCUUUUAGGAACGACAAGAUCUUGCAUAU